UUCUAGAAUUUGCCGCUAAUGUCGAUUGUCGCUGCAGUCGGUAAAUGGACGUUUGAUGUGGUUGUUUGUCAAGAGUGUCCCAUUGUCUGUUUACAGUGAAUUAUUUCCCAAAAGUAUAAUCCUACUUGAAGUAAAAGGUUUUAAGGAGUAGAUGAAGGUGACAGAAUGUCUCGCAACAAAGACAAGCAUGAGGGCGCUAGCGGGCGCACUUACCACAUUAUGUCGGAGGCGGAGCGGGCGUCCGGCCGUCGAGGGGGCUGGACCACGCUUGAGGUAACAGGAGGUGUGCGCGCCCUAGCGCCUCAACUCUUCCAACUGACGCAUCUGACGGCGCUGUAUCUGAACGACAACUCGCUGCAGAGGAUCCCGCCCGACAUCAACCAGUUGGUCAACCUUCAUACCCUCGAUAUAUCGAAUAACAAGCUAAGAUCGCUGCCCGCUGAACUUGGCGACCUCAUUCAACUCAGAGAAUUACAUCUACACAACAACUACCUCCGCGUGCUUCCAUACGAGCUUGGGAAACUCUUCCAUCUUCAGCUCCUAGGAUUAGGGGGAAACCCACUUAGCAAGGAGAUGCUCUCGAUUUACAACGACAACAACGGAACCGCCAAGCUGUUGACGUAUAUGCUGGACAAUUUACAAGUUUCUGCCACUCUACCACCACAGAGGCCUUGGAUACCAUUGACCCGACCGAACAGAACUCGUCCUACUUGUAUAUUCACAGUGAUGUGUUACAACGUGCUAUGUGACAAGUACGCGACGCGACAGAUGUACGGCUACUGCCCUAGCUGGGCGCUCGAGUGGGACUACAGGAAGAAGGGCAUCCUUGACGAGAUUAGACAUUACUCAGCCGACAUCAUCAGCUUACAGGAAGUGGAAACAGACCAAUUCUACAACUUCUUCCUGCCCGAGCUGAAGCAGGAUGGCUACGAUGGUAUCUUCUCCCCCAAGUCCCGCGCCAAGACCAUGGGCGAAUCAGAAAGAAAGUAUGUCGACGGAUGCGCUAUUUUCUUCAGAUCUGCAAAGUUCGCUUUAGUUAAGGAGCACCUUAUAGAGUUCAACCAACUGGCAAUGGCUAACAGUGAGGGAUCAGAUAAUAUGUUAAACCGUGUCAUGCCAAAGGACAAUAUAGGGUUGGCAGCACUUAUCAAAACGAAAGAGGCAGCAUGGGAAAAUGGAUUACCAACAGAUUCUUCGAUGCUCGGUCAACCGAUCCUGGUGUGCACCGCGCAUAUACACUGGGACCCGGAGUUUUGUGACGUGAAGUUAAUCCAAACGAUGAUGUUGAGCAACGAGCUGCGGACGAUACUCGACGAGUCGGCGCGGUCGUUGCGUCUGGCGGGCCAGAGAGACAACGUGCAGCUACUGCUGUGUGGCGACUUCAAUUCGCUGCCAGAUAGUGGUGUGGUAGAGUUCCUAUCAUCAGGUCGUGUGUCAUCCGAGCACCGCGACUUCAAAGAGCUGGGUUACGCCGGCUCGCUGCGUCGCAUGCCCGGCUCUGAACACGAGUUCACGCACAACUUCAAACUCGCGUCAGCAUACAGCGAAGAUAUAAUGCCCUAUACGAACUAUACGUUUGACUUCAAGGGUAUUAUCGACUACAUAUUCUAUAGCAAGCAAUCAAUGACACCGCUUGGUCUCCUGGGGCCGUUGUCGCAGGAUUGGUUCCGGGAGCACAAGGUAGUCGGGUGUCCGCAUCCCCACAUACCUUCAGACCACUUCCCGUUGCUGGUGGAGCUGGAGAUGUCCCCGACGGCGGGCGCCAACUCCAACGGGCUGAUCGGGCGCAGGUAGCACGCGUCCCCGCGCGCGCGCAAGCACAAGCGCCACAGCGCCCUCUAGCGACGCCGCGCCACCCCCCGCACUCCGCGCCACCGGACUGUUGCCAACCACAGACGUUUAUGCUUCCAUUAUACUAAACUUGUCACUCUCUCACACCGACUCGUUCGUGCGAUUGGAAGAAGUAGACGCAAAUUACGAAUUCUAUAUUUACCCUCAUUGACUACUUUCAUAAGAGAUUAUAAAAACUUCUACUUUUCCCAACUCGCUCUAUGUCUAUUAUCUAUUUUUAAAUAAACUGACCAAAAGCUUGCCUAGAUCGCAGGCGGCGUUGCAGUGCUACGUGUCGCCUCUCUGUCUGUUGUACUUCCUCUCUCGCUCACAUUUCCUGAACAAAUGUUUCAUGCACAGCUUUGGAUACGCUCUCCGAGAUCUAGGCAAUGCUCAAAUUAAUGCAACUUGUUAACUGUGCUGAUUAAAGUCAAAUUAAAUAUUGAUUCGUUGUUGAAAAAUAUAUAGUAGGUCGAAUAUUUCAAACUACAACAACUAAUAUCAAAGUUCACUCUAAAAUAUACUUUACAAAUAUCAGUAACUAGCUUAUGAAUCGUUUAUGUACAAAUAACUUAGUCUUAAGUACUUACUUAAAUCAUCUCAUAGUAUACUCUGCGUUGUUUUUGUUAUCGCAUGGUUUGGACGCGUCUCCGACCUGGACGUUAGUUUAGUUGAUAGUUACAAAUGUAUUUUGUAUACCGUUACACAUGAUACCGAACGUCGUUCUCUUUUCACUGGACAUUAGUUCUGAAUUAGUGCCCUAGUAAUUACUGUCUCGAAAUUUUGUUUUGCUCAAUAAAGUAUAGAAGUUAACACGAUCCUGUUUAGCCUGUGAGUUGAUUAGUUAAAGCAAAUUAGAUUUUACUAUAAUAGUUAAAUGAACGAAAUAUUUUAGAGAAAUAUAUUAUAAAGGAAUCCUUUGCCUGAUACCGCUGAAGUUCGUGCUUCGAGGUGUGGUUAUAUAUUUUUAAAUAUAGUCCAAUCAGGCAAUACAAGCACUGCCAGCAGUACCUCGGAGAGUACAAAGUGAAGCGGUGCUCGGCAGGCGGCGCGGGCCGCCCGCGUUGUUGCUACAACUAGUUGAAUUCUUUACGUUUCAGUGAACAGAUAACGGAGCCUAGAUUUGUUAGUAUUACAUUAGUUAGAACGCCUUUACAUUAUGAGAAAUUGUUAGUUGUGCGUGCCGAAUGACAGUGCAAUUGUUUAUAACGAAUCUGACUAAAAUUAUGUAGUUGUAAUUUUAAAUAUUGAUUCAAUAAAAUAUGAAUGAACUAAAAUAUGACCUACGCUUAUUGUGUCAAUAAAAUUGUAUGGAAGAAUCGUAAAGAUACAUAUUUUUUCAGUCGAUUACGACAGCAAUUUUACGCUUAGUUUUUCGAUGUAUUAUAUUAUACAGUUGAGGAAUACUAAAUAGCAACGUAGUCGUGUCCGCGGGGAAAAGUAAAAUGACCAGAGCGCCACAUUCGUGUCUCAUUUAAUACUUCUUAAUUUCCUGGCGCCGAUCUGGUGUUUUACUGUUCAGUUAGAGCGCGGCACUGACGAUACAGUCGAUUACAUAAUUAAUAUUAUUUGUAACAUCAAAGUCCUCAUGUGUGAGAUUCAAACGUCCAUUUAUCAAUUAGUGAAAUAAAUUCCUCCACUGUAUAUUAUUUAGAUAAUAUUUUUGGGAUUAUAAUGCAAUGUACGUGUCUGUGAAGCGGUGGAGGCGCGAGGGCCUGAAGUCCUGGCGCGUCCACUGCGCUGUGUGUGGAUCAGUGAGGCCAGUGUUCGCUGCGCCCCGCGCCGCCCACUCGGCCACGCCGCGCGGCCCGCGGGGCGCCCGCACGUACUCGUACUUACGAACUUGUUAUACUAGACUACUAGACAUAGUGCGAAUAGUUGGUACUUUCAGGGCCGGGUUGUAAGAUAGCUAUCAUAAAUCUUUAAUAAUGUAAUAGAAUAUUUGAAUUAUUUUUGAUACUUAAUUAACUAUUAUAAAGUUUUAUAUAGAGACCAUUGUUAAAUCUAACACUGCCUACAAAGUGACAUCACGUGUGUGCAAUAAAUUUUAAAUAUCUAAGUGAUAAUGUGAAGUGAUAUAGUAUUGUUUCAAGAUAUUAUCUAACACGAACGUUGUGUGUUGUGAACUGUGACAAACAACUAGUUCGCGUUCCGUGGAACGGCUGCGGAACAUGUACACAUAGUGAUGUUUGCGUUCAUUCUAUUUUAUUUGAAUAAGUCGUUGCGUGCCUAAUGCAGUCCUGCAAGAAGUAAUGUAACCUAAAGCAAUCAAAGCAAUAGAUACAAAAUACACAAGUAGAGUCUGUAAUGACUAAUGACAAUUGAGUGCCUUUGAUAGUGAGGUGCUACAUUGUCUCCACAAACAUGACUUGCAUCCGUUUCCUUAGUCGGAUUGUGUUAGUCCCCGUCUUCCCCGGCUGAAGCGUAGUGCUCGAGCUUCGCGGGAUAUGAUUUGUCCUUUUUACGCCGUUUGGUUAAUGUCCAGUGUUACGUGAACUUCUUAGUCGCGAAGACUGUCUCACUGAUCGGUAAAUGUAAUAUUUCGUGUAGUGUUAGGAUUUCCGUCGGUAUUGUAGACUCGAUGACGUUCGGUUGGAUUGUCGGUAGUCGGUGUGGCGCUGAACAAAGUAGAGCGGCGGCCGCUUGGCCGGAGUUAGGUUAAUUGUGACAUCGAGUGUACCAACAAACUACUCAGCGAGACAUGUAUACCCCUCCCUCUAUCUCCCGUACCCCCUUGUGAGUUUUGCGUAUGUAAGUGGAGAGUUGUGUAGCUUAGUGUAAGUCUUGAGUUUUAUAUGAAUGGUAUCCUUCGGCGGUGAGUCGCCACCGGACGCCUCCCUCCCUAGCUGUAAGUAGGUUAUAAUUUUGUUAUGUGACGAUCGAGACCCUCCCCCAUUUGAAUUUACGUAUCAUUGUUACUAUUCACAAAAUAGUUAUCGUUAGUUGUUAAGGUGUUUCAUUUGGUUUUGUAACUUGUUCAGUAUUCGCGUCGUCUCACGAGAGGUCCGAUCAAAAAUUGCGAAACGAUGUUAGAUGCAUUUUAUUUUUAGUUUUAGUAAGUUUUUUAAUUGAUGUUCCGGAGGCGUCCGACGGCGAGCCGCUCCAGUUAGUAAUAGCGGGUAUAGCAUACUGGCGUAGUACAAAUGUUUGUGUGAGUGUCGAUAGUUGUAGGCGUGGUUAUUGCGUCGCGAGUGUUGCGCGCCUUCUGGUCGGUCGGUCAGGAACUCUGUAAGUAGCUAGUCAGGGCGCAGGACGACGCAUCGCAUCCGACUCGCUGCAGAGCGAACGAUUUUGAAACAUCCUCUGAAGACGUUCAAAACCGCGUCGUUGUAGCCAGCCGUGUACGAUCGAUCGAUCUCUUGCGCAAUGUUCUCGUUGUGAAGCGUUAGUUGUUUCUUCGGAAUAAGUAGUGAUAUUUACAAACAAAAAAUUAUUCACCUAUAUUAUUAUAAACAAACACUAUUUGGACCACUGCAUAGUUGUAUCUACGCUUAUUUUUGUCAUCUCCAUCGGAAUUAUUUAUAUCGAAUAAUUAAUUUUGAAUAUUUUUAUUCAGUAUAUUAUAUUAUUAUGUAUAUCAAACGACAGGUGCUGUUGUAUUUAAUUUUUAAUGUUACUAAUGUGAUUGUGAUAGGGAUACGUCUCUCUUGUAAUCUAUCUGAUGUAUUGUGAAGAAAAAUUAAGCCAAAUCAUAAAAAGGGUAUAUUGAAUUAUUACUUUUAGGAUAAAUGGAGUUAAAAUGAAGUUUUAUACGAAUCAAAUUUUACUACUGACGCUGUAUAAUUUUUCUAAGUACAGUAGAUUUAAAAUCAUAUCAUGAUGAUCUUGUUCUAGUACUCGUGUAAAUUAAUGUAGGUUUGUAAGACUGUUGUGACGUCACCCGCUGGAGCUGCUCCGCUGUCCGAGCACAAAGCACGCGCGACGUUGCAUCCUCUCUAGUUACAUGGCGGCGGCACGGCUCCAGCGUACAAUAUCCAAUUUGCCUUCAUAGCACACGAAAUUCAAAUGUUAAAUUUAAGUUGACGUGAGUAUUCGAAAUAAUCCAAUGUUAAUUCACUUUAGAAAAAAACAACCACAUAUAGAUUUUUAAAAUAGUAGUGAGUAUUUUUGCAUUUACCGUGUUGUCAGUACCUAAUUAUACGAUACGAUAUCUUAUGAAGCAUAAUAACUAGGACUACAGUCCACCUCGGAACAAUAGCAAUACAAUAGGGCAACAAUUAUCUACUAAGAUUUGGCUUUACAUGAUUCUGUAUUCUGAGUUAUACUUACGCCUUCGGUUAUAAUAUACGCAGUCUUUGUUUGCCAUUUUAAUUAAAAAUAGCGUCUAGUUACAGCCACGACGUUCAUUAUUUGUACUGCAACACAUAUUGCUACUCGUUACAAAAUGAAAUGUUUAGCAAUAUGUGAUGCAGGAGUGGAGAGAGGAGAGAUAUUAUUAUCUCCACGAAACUAUACAGUAUUGAAAGAAACCAACAGAACACAACCACGGUGCGUAAGUAUCGCUUAUGAAUAAUCUAGAGCUUUAUUGCAACAAGUUUAUCUUAUUUGUAGAACAUAUAUGAUCUCUUUAUUUUUAAUAGAAUUUUGAUGGACAUUUUUACUUAAUAGUUGUAGCAGUGUGUAGCGUUGAAAUAGGAAUUUUUAUCGCACAUUACAUUUGUUAUAUUCCACUGUAAUUAUAUUAAUUGAUUUACAUAAACUGAUGCCAUCCAAAAUUGUGAAAAGCACUUUCUGUUCGUGUCGUUGAAACCUCUCCAUAAUUAUUAUUAUUGAAUCGUCUUUUUAAUACAUAUUUCAAUAUUGUGCUAUUGAUAAUUCCUUUUGGAAUAAUUUUAUUUGUACAUAAUAUUUGUAUCAUAUCUUCAUUUCUGUUUAAUGUAAAUAUUCAUAACUGUGUUGUAUUCUCCUGUUAGUUGUUCCAACGGGAGGCUUCAACGAUGCUUCUAAGUUUUGGAUAGUUAUUCGAAUGAACCACAGAAGCCUUCAUGUUGUGUGUAUAUUUAAUUUGUAAAUAUGUAAUUUCGAUAACAAUUAAUGCUAAACAACGAGCGAGCCGUCGCAUAUUGUCAGCCGGUUGGACUUCUGCGCACACUGAGCCCGACAGACACAGCUACGGAACACUUAGCCUUCUUCUAGGAACGACAGACAUUCCACAGGCACCGAAUUAGCUCAAUAUGAAAGACUGUUUGAGACUUUAAAAUGGAUAUCAUGAUAAUUAAAAAUAUUUUCUGAAGCACCUUAACGAGUUUACAAAAUGUGUUUUAUGGUGAUUUAAUGAUAAGAUCGCAAUGUUUAACUCACUAGUAUGUAAGGACAAAUGCUUUACGACACUGUGAUAGACAAUACAAAUUUACCUGAGAGAGACACCAUAGGCAUUUAUGAGAAAUUUAGGGGAAUUGUCAUUUGAAAAGGGAAUGUUACAUGUACUCUCAGAUUUAGAAACGGACACCGCUUGGCUUUGUGGACAGUUUGAAGCAAAUGGUGAGACCGCAAUAAUUGAUUUUAAUGCAGUACUUUUAUGAUACCCGUAGUCACAGGAACAACCGGUGUUUGUUUCGCUACAAGUGUAUAAAGAUCUAUAAAAGUACAAAGCGUAUGUGCAGAAGUUCGGUCGCGGCUCGAUACUGUGUUCGAGCGGCUGUGUGCGUGCGCAUGGGUGUGCUUGUGUGCCCGAGUGUGGCGUAGUCUGCGCCCGCGCGGCCCGCGUCUCGCUGUUCUGUUUGUUGAUACAUUAUGUAUAUUUGAAGGAAUCAAAAAUUAUAAGAUGAAUUUUAA